AUGUGGUUCGAAAUCCUGCCGGGACUGGCCGAUAUGGGUGUAUGUCUAACGAUCCCGGGAAUUAGCACAGCUCUCAUCCAAAAGUUCAGCAAUGGGGGCAAGGAAAAAAGAAUUGUCCGUAAUCAAUACCAGUGGAAUCUAUCAGAGAGGGACAGGAGGAUCUCUGGAUUUGGUCGUUAUUAUGAGGCUAAGGGGUUGGAGAACAUAACCGAAGACGCAUAA